AUGGUCGCGCAGAAAACGCUAUGGGAUAGCCUUCCCCAAGAUGACCCGCACUUACCCCUCUCGGACUUGCUGAUUACGUAUGCAAGACAUAAAAGUUCAGAUAUAAGGGAUCGAGUGUAUGCCCUGCUUGGUCUUGCUUCGGAAAAUCCAAUCCAGGCGGACUACAACCUAACAGUGGAAGACAUAUACAUCAAGGUACUGGAAGCAAUCUGCAAAGAGAGAAACCCCAGGCACCAGCUCUCCACCAUCGAACAUACGUUACAGGAAAUGUUGGGCCUCGGGAGACCACGGACAUCAAGUGGCCAUCCUACACCUGGAGAUGCCUUUGCGAUCAGGGUCCUGGAACUACGGCGGCAGAAGCUCGGCAAUACGCACCCCCACGUUCUUGAAGGAAUGGCCAGUCUCGCACAGCUCUACAAUGAGCAGGGCCGAUCAAAGUUAGCUGAGAAAACCGGAAUUGAGGUACUGCAAAUACAGAGAGAAAUACUUGGUAAUAAACAUCCUAGCACUCUUCAAAGCAUGGCAAACCUUGUGUCAAUUUACCUCCGACAAGGCAAGCUUAAGGAGGCUGAGAAAAUGGGGAACAAAGUAUUACAGCUGCAAAGAGAAAUACUCAGUGAGAAACAUCCUGAUACUCUUCAAAGCAUGGCAAACCUUACAUCAAUAUACCGUGCGCAAGGCAAGCUUACAGAGGCUGAAGAAAUGGGAAACAAAGUACUACAGCUGCAAAUAGAAAUACUCAGUGAGAAACAUCCUGAUACUUUUCAAAGCAUGCUAGAACUUAUGUUCAUAUACCACAAGCAAAACAAGCUUAAGGAGACUGAGAAAAUGGGAGGCGAAGUACUUCAAAGCAUGGCAAAGCUUCUGUCAAUAUAUGAUAGACAAGGCAAGCUUACAGAGGCCGAAGAAAUAGUGAACAAAGUAUUACAGCUGCAACGUGAAAUACUCAGUGAGAAACAUCCUGAUACUCUUCAAAGCAUGGCAAAGCUUCUGUCAAUUUACUAUAGACAAGGUAAGCUUACAGAGGCUGAAGAAAUAGGGGACAAAGUAUUACAGCUGCAAAGAGAGAUACUCAGUGAGAAAUAUCCUGAUACUUUUCAAAGCAUGCUACAAUUUGUGUUCAUAUACCAAGAGCAAGGCAAGCUUGAGAGGGCUGAGAAACUUGGGGAUGAAGUAUUUCAAUGCAUGGCGAAUCUUGUGGCAAUAUACCGCGAGCAAGGUAAGCUCAACGAGGCUGAGAAAAUGGGAGGUGAAAUGCUUAAAAGCAUGACAAAGCUUGUGUUAAUAUACUGUUGGCGAGGCAGCCUUGAGGAGGCCGAGAAAGUGGUUGACAAAGUGUUGCAAUGCAUGGCAAACAUUAUGUCAAUAUACCGCGAGCAAGGCAAGCUUAAUGAGGCCAGGACGCCAUGGCACGGAGUGUUUCAUAGUAUAGGAGUGCUUGUGUCAAAAUACUGUGGGCAAGGCAAGCUUAAGGAGGCCGAGAAAAUAGGAGAGGGAGUAUUGCAGCUGCAAAGAGAAGUAUUUGGUGAGCAACAUCCUUAUUCUCGUGAAAGUAUGGAAAGACUUAUUUCCAUAUAUUCUCGACAAGGCAGGUUUGAAAAGGCUACAGAAAUGAGGAAUAGAUUGUCCCAAGCAGAGCAAGUCAUGAGUGAAUAG